CCCCUCCCCCCCCCCCCCCACGCCGGGACGAUGGUAAAGUAUUUCCUGGGGCAGAGCGUGCUCCGGAGCUCCUGGGACCAAGUGUUCGCUGCCUUCUGGCAGCGCUACCCCAACCCCGACAGCAAACAUGUACUGACUGAGGACAUUGUUCACUGGGAUGUCACUCCUGACCAGAAGCUGCUAUCCAGGCGGCUUCUGACAAAGACCAACAGGAUGCCCCGCUGGGCGGAGCGCUUCUUCCCUGCUAACGUAGCCCACUCGGUAUACAUCCUAGAGGACUCUAUCGUGGACCCACAGAACCAGACCAUGACCACUUUCACCUGGAACAUUAACCAUGUCCGGAUGAUGGUAGUGGAGGAAAGCUGUGUUUACUGUGUGAACCCUGAAAACAGUGGCUGGACUGAAAUCCAACGGGAGGCCUGGGUCUCUUCCAGUUUGUUUGGGGUGUCCAGAGCUGUACAGGAGUUUGGCCUGGCUAGAUUCAAAAGUAAUGUGACCAAGACCAUCAAAGGCAUUGAUUACAUCUUGGCCAAACUGCAAGAUGAAGCUCCUUCUAAGACACUUGUUGAAACAGCUAAGGAAGCAACUGAGAAGGCAAAGGAAACUGCUUUGGCCCUACUGAGAAGGCCAAGGAGUUAG